CCUAUCCCAGUUGACCUUGGGGACCCUAAACAGGUCGAAAUUUCCUUCUUGUAAAUUAAAACAGUAUUUUGUACUUAAGGGUUUCCUUGCCAAACAUGCCGUUUCGUGUAGUGAACCACAGGGUGUGCUCUUGUGCAGAAAGUGGAUUUUGAACCCUCCCUCAAACGGACAUCUUUGACCACUGUGCCCAGAAUACUUUACCACAUUGCAACUUUCUACACCGUAUAACGGAAUUGAAUUGAACCAUCGAUUAUGGCUGAUAAAACAAGCUCUGGAGAUAGCACCGUCCACCUGGGUGUUAAGGAUUAUUAUGGAAAGACUUUGCAGAAGACGUCAGAUCUUAAGAGUAAUGCUUGUGUGGCUGAAGUUGGGCCUCUGCCAAAAUUCAUUCUCCAAGCUUUGAAGAAAGUCCAUCCUGAUGUGACUGACAGAUACUAUGGUUGUGGCCUGACUGUGCCAGAGUGUUUGGAGGGGUGCAGGAUUCUGGACUUGGGCUGCGGGAGUGGCAGAGAUUGCUACAUGCUAAGUCAAUUGGUGGGAGAAGCUGGCCACGUCACUGGCAUCGACAUGACGGAGGAUCAGUUGGAAGUGGCCAGGAAGCAUGUGGACUUUCAUAUGAAGGAGUUUGGCUACCAAAAGCCCAAUGUUACCUUUGUUCAGGGCUUCAUUGAGACCUUAACAGAGGCAUCUCUGGAAAAUAACUCUUUUGAUAUAAUAAUCUCCAAUUGUGUGGUGAAUCUUUCUCCAGACAAGAAGAAAGUCCUGACUGAAGCCCACAGUGUGCUCAAGGAUGGUGGCGAAUUUUUCUUCAGUGAUAUGUACUGCAAUGGAAGACAAACUGACGAAAUAAAGAACAACAAAGUUCUCUGGGGUGAGGGUUUCGGUGGUGCACUUUGGUACAAAGAUCUUCUACAGUUGGCUGAGGAAGUUGGAUUCAGACCCCCAAGACUUGUCAAAGCCAAUGUCAUAACUGUUGACAACAAAGAUAUACAAGCCAUUCUGGGCGACUUCAAGUUUGUUUCUGCCACAUACCGUUUGUUUAAAGUCCCGAAAGGUACCUCAAAACCAUGUAAAGUAAUUUACAAAGGAAACAUUACCGGAGCAGAGGACGCUCUCCACUUUGACUGUCAGUACACCUUCAAGACUGAUAAAGUGGAGAAGGUCGAUGGUGAAUUAGCUGACAUCCUGACCCAUUCCAGAUUUGCUCAGGCCUUCACGCUCCAGCCACAAGAAGGCUCUUGUGGACCUUGCGCAAUCAAACCAAAGGCAGUCUCUGGGGAUCCGUUUGAGCUGGCUGUGCAGCUGCAGAAACAGAGUACAGGCUCAGCCACAGGGGGAUGCUGCAGUACACAGUCUGUGACCUGCCAAUGAUUGCAGGAAUAGUGCAUGACUGCAGCAGAAUCUCAGCAUCUCAUUGUAAUCACUGGGCAGUAUACCUGUUUAUUUGUAACACACUUUUUGUUUAUUUUACUGUUUGUGGGUUUAACCAAACUAUGUCAAAUCUCAAUAAAGUAGACUUUGUAUAUGA